UCUGGCUUCCCAGAAACCUCCUGCUAAAUGCAAGGGAUUGCUGUCCUGUUUACUGACUUUUACACCUGAGGCUGAUUUUAAUACAGAUUCUGGAUAUCGCAGGGCAAGCUCUCACGUUCCCUUUGAGAAGAAGCUGCCCUCCAUCGCCAUGUCACGGCACCACAGCCGGUUUGAAAGAGAUUACCGGGCCGGGUGGGAUCGCCGGGACUGGAGCUCCAACGGCAACCACGUCAACAACACCAACUGCAGCAGUGCCCCCAGCACCAACAGCAACAACCGCCCCGGCCUGCUGCCCCUGCCCAUCGUCCCCUCCCGCCUCCCCACCCCGGCCACCGCCGCCUGCACCACUGUCAACAGCGAUGUCAUCACGAGCCUAGUAGCCAACUCCUCUCCAGCUUCAACUACCAAAUGUCGUGCGCUGAUGUCCCUGGUGUCCUGGAGCAGCAAGUGUCGCAGCCGGGACCUCGGUUCGAUACCUCAGCUCCGUUCCCUGAUGUUCUCGCUGAGAAAUGAAGGCAGCUGGACACCUUGCAUUUCCAAGACUGAAAAUCAGCCUCAAGGACUUGCAACGAGCGUCAGGUGGGGACAGACACCCAUCAAUCAGUCCACGCCCUGGGACACUGAUGAGCCUCCAUCUAAACAGAUGAGGGAGAAUGAAAACCCAGGUGCAGCGCCCUGGGUGACCACGGUGGCGGCCGGCAGCCAGCCCGCCCUCAUCACGCACUCCUACGGGAUGACGCAGCCGCCCACCUUCAGUCCGGCCGCCAACGUCCAGGCCCCCGUCAUCGGCGUCACGCCUUCCCUCCCUCCGCACGUCACCCCCCAGCUCCCGCUGAUGCCGGCCCACUACCAGCUCCAGCCGCAGCCCUCCCAGCCCCUCAGCAACAUGGUGGUCAACCUCCAGAGCCAGCCCUUGUACACCAACAGCCAACCCCUCAGCAUGUCCUCCAUGAGCGGCGUGGGCCCCGUGGCCCACCCGGGCCCCGGGCCGGUGGGCAAUGGCCACCUGGCCUGCCCCAUGCUGCCGCCGCCGCCCCCGGCCCUGCCCUCGGCCGCCCUGCCCAGCAGCGCGCCCACCACCAACGGGCAGGCGGCCGCCCCGCUGCCCCCCAACGCGGCGGGGGGCCCGGACAACACCAACGGGGUGCAGAUGCUGCGGACCAUCGGCGUGGGGAAGUACGAGUUCACCGACCCCUGGCACCCCAAAGAAAUGUUGAAGGAGUUGAACCAGCAACGCAGAGCGAAAGAGUUUACAGACCUGAAAAUUAUUGUUGAAGGCAAAGAGUUUGAAGUCCACCAAAAUGUUCUAGCUUCCUGCAGCUUGUAUUUCAAGGACCUGAUUAAAAGGUCACCACGAGACAGUAGCAGAAGCGGGGAGAAGCUGGAAUUGGCCAUGUCCAACCUCACUGCGGAUGUCCUGGAAUUACUCCUGGAGUUUGUUUAUACAGGUUCUUUGAUCAUAGAUUCAGCCAAUGCAAAAACCCUACUGGAAGCUGCCAGCAAGUUCCAGUUUCACACUUUCUGUAAAGUCUGCGUUUCGUUUUUAGAAAAACAGCUGACUGCUAGCAACUGCUUAGGAAUAUUAGCCAUGGCUGAAGCCAUGCAGUGCACUGAACUCUACAACAUGGCCAAAGCAUACGCCUUGCAGAUUUUCCCAGAGGUGGCAAACCAAGAAGAGAUCCUUAAUAUCUCAAAAGACGACUUCAUUUCCUACAUGUCCAACGACAGCCUGAACACCAAAGCAGAGGAGCUGGUGUAUGAAACAGUGAUAAAGUGGAUUAAGAAGGACGCUGCAAUCAGAGCUCAGUAUGCUGCGGAGCUGCUGGCGGUGGUGCGCCUCCCCUUCAUCCAUCCCAGCUAUCUCCUAAACGUUGUUGACAACGAGGAGUUGAUAAAGUCUUCGGAGGCUUGCCGGGAUCUAGUGAAUGAAGCCAAACGUUAUCACAUGCUGCCACACGCCCGUCAAGAGAUGCAGACGCCGAGGACCCGGCCCAGGCUCUCUGCAGGUGUAGCCGAGGUAAUAGUCUUAGUUGGGGGCCGUCAGAUGAUCGGCAUGAAUCAACGUGCUUUAACAGCGGUCACCUGCUUAAAUCCUCAAAACAACAAGUGGUACCCGUUGGCCAGCCUGCCCUUCUAUGAUCGAGAGUUUUUCAGCGUGGUCAGCGCUGGGGACAACAUCUAUCUCUCAGGCGGCAUGGAGUCGGGUGUCACGCUGGCUGAUGUCUGGUGUUACAUGUCCCUGCUCGAUAACUGGAACCUCGUGUCCCGCAUGACAGUCCCGAGGUGUCGACACAACAGCCUGGUGUACGAUGGGAAAAUUUAUACCAUCGGAGGGGUCGGUGUGGCAGGCAACGUUGACCAUGUGGAAAGGUACGACACCAUAACCAACCAGUGGGAGACCAUCGCUCCUCUGCCCAAGGCCGUCCAUUCGGCCGCUGCCACCGUUUGUGGUGGCAAGAUCUACGUCUUCGGUGGGGUGAACGAAGCCGGCCGAGCUGCGGGGGUCCUGCAGUCCUACAUCCCUCAGACUAAUUCCUGGAGUUUUAUAGAGUCUCCGAUGAUCGAUAACAAAUAUGCUCCCGCAGUCACUCUCAAUGGGUUCAUCUUUAUUCUUGGAGGAGCUUAUGCACGAGCAACCACCAUCUAUGACCCAGAAAAAGGCAAUAUUAAAGCAGGUCCCAACAUGAACCACUCCAGGCAGUUCUGCAGCGCGGUGGUUCUGGAUGGAAAAAUUUAUGCCACGGGUGGGAUCGUUAGCAGCGAAGGGCCUGCCCUGGGAAACAUGGAAGCCUAUGACCCCAAAACAAAUACGUGGACACUUCUACCAAAUAUGCCCUGCCCUGUGUUUCGACACGGCUGCGUAGUAAUCAAGAAGUACAUCCAGAGCGGCUGACGCUGCCCAGGAGCUGGACAGAGAACUGUUUGUACCUGUCGACAGCGGGCAAGGAGGAUACUACUACUUCAGAAACGCAGCAAAAAGCCAGCCAGUGAACAUAUUGCUCUAAAGUCUUGAAUAGUGUCUACAUUGAAUGUAGAAAAAUCAUCCUCACCUUUUGGUGAACAAGGAGCAGAGAGCUCCGUGCUAUGUAAGAUAUUGUAACUUAAUAAUACGAGGGUGUCACUAGAUGUUAUAGUGGCACUUGUUCUGGACGUCGGCUUUUGGUCAACCCAGGUGCAAUAGAAUUUCACUUAUUUUUUAAGCUGGGGAAGAGAGGAAAAAAAAAAAAUAAUCUGCAUUUUACUUCUAGAGCUCAAGCUUGAUUCUUAAAAUAACCAUGCAGAUUAGUUUUACUAUUACACUUUAGGCAUCAAUCUAUUUGAGAGGUCAAAGUGUCCUUACCACUUUGAUUCCUACAUUUGUUUUUAACAAAUACAUGCUUUUCAAUACCAAUGCCUGAGAGAAAUCUUGUGUGACAGAUGGCUCACGUCGAUGUCAGUCUUCCAUCAGAUCAAAGGAAUCUUUCCUUUCUGGAGAGCAGAGCCCAGAGGGGGAGGGGGAGGUAGGGACUGGGGGGGAAGAAGAAUAGCCAUUGGUAAUAAAUUCCAUGUAAAACGAUGAGGAGAGAAAAGAAAAGAAAAAAGAAAAGGUCUGUUGGGCUGGAUGAGUUUCUGCUCCCGGUGACACUUGUGUGGGCGCAUGGGGCCAUGCCCGGGGCAGGGGGGGGCACUUCUAACCUUCUCCUCCCGGUUUCUGCUGAUGGGUGAACUCGGCAGCGCUUGAUCCCCGUAAUGCACAACGAGAAGGCUUGCAAUUCCAGAGGCAUUCUCCUGCUCUUCCCUUCUUCUGAUUGGGAUCACAUCAAAACGCCCGGCGUAGCCUGGGAUUGCUACGUUUUCAGCCAACGGAGAAGAUGCCUCAGUUUUGGCUCUCAACCAAAAUCCCUUACGUUGGGAUUUACGCCACUAUCUUUCAUGUAGAGUCUCAGAAGUUGUUUUUUUAUUUUAUUUUAUUUUUCAAGUUUCCCCAUAGGUGUGGAAACCUUAUACUCCUCUUAUUUACAGAUUUUAAACACAUGAGUUAAAAUCCCAUGGUAGAAAAAUGCAUAGGCUUAAGCCCAGUAUAAGAGACUUAAAGCGAUUACUAUGUAGAGUUGUAAGUAUAUGCACAGCACAGGGGUUAUAUUUUUAUAUAUAUUAAAAUAUUGUCUAUCCAGAGAGCAUUGUGAUGUGGAAAUUCUUUAUAAAUUUAUACAUAAAAAGGAUCAAAUGGGAGAUGGACCGGGUAACGUAGAAGGGGCAGGGGAAAGAAUCUUAACAUUCACAAGUAAGAAGUAACCCCAAGCUAAGGAUUGCCUGAUUUCUUUCCAAGUAGAGGGAAAAA